AUGUCGUCCCCAAACCAAGCCGAUGCCAACUCGGCAAACUCAGUGUCUUCGUCCAGUCCGACCUCCGACUCGCAGCAAAAGCCCAAGAGGGCGCGAACCAGCAAACCCAAGGUCAAGACAGGUUGCAAUAACUGCAAACAACGGCGCAUCAAGUGCGACGAGAAGAGGCCUUCCUGUUCCCAGUGUGUUCGCUCCAAGAAGAUUUGCACGGGCUACCCACCGCCGAGUCGCAGCGCAAGACCUCACGAAGUUCUCGCCAUUGCGCCAAAACCUCUUCUGGCUGCUGCCCCGAAUGGCGGGCCUCCCAUCCGCUCAUCAAUCGAACUACCGCCUCGGAGAGCCCAGAAGUUGCAAGCACGACGCACAACGCCCCCUCAAACACCCGACUCUAGCGCCUCUGUUACACUUUACCGCCCAGCGGGCAAUCUCCAGCUUUCUCAACAGGAGGGACUCUAUUUCCAACUCUUCCGCUUACAUACAGCGAAUGAGCUGUCUGGAUACUUUGACUCGGUGUUUUGGACUCGGACCGUUUUGCAGGAGUGUCACUCCGGGAACGCAAUUCGCCAUGCAGUGGUCGCGCUAGGUGCUUUGUACAAGACCCUUGAACAAUCAUGCGAGUCUCCGCCGGGAUCGCCGUCCGAUUCGUUCAGUCCCGCGGACGGGGCAUAUCGCCACUGGGAAGUGGCAGUCAAGCAGUACUCUGAGGCUAUGAACUCUUUAGUCGAUCUCAGCCGCGACCAAAAGUCUCACCGCACAUUACUCAUGGCCAGCGUGCUUCUAGCAUGCUUCGACUCCUUCAUUGGCGACCAUAAACAGGCAAUCAGGCAAAUUCAAACAGGCCUUGGUUUGUUGGAAAAGCUCCGAGCUGAACGGAGGAGAUCCUUCCUAGCCGUCUCUGAGGAGCCGGUCGAGGAGGAGCUCAUCACCAUGUUUACCAGGCUCGCGAUCCAAGCGAAAUCAUACGACAUGGCGUUCCAUUUCCCAGAGCCGUUCGUAAUCCGACUGACCCCUCAGAAUCCCGAAUACCCGCAGUCCCCGCCAUCAGAUGCUGGCAGCUCACCGUCAUCCAUGAGCUCUAGCUCCAUGCCUGAACAAUUCUUUACUCUGAUGGAGGCGCGCAGUGCCUGGGACAAGCUUCUCGAGAAAAUGCUUCGAUUCACAGAAACUCUUUUCAUCUACCAAAAGUCGACUGGCGCGAACGGGCCAAUGGGAAUCCUGCCCAAGUCGUUGAAGCAGUACGGAAUGAGUUUCAAAGGCCAACUCGACGCUUGGUCUGAGGCUUUUGAAUUUCUACUCGAAUCUCGCACAGCUCCUGGCGUCAGUCAUCAUGAGAAGGCCGGAAUCGCUGUUCUGAAGAUGUUCCAAAUCAUGAGCCAGAUACUAUUUCUCAUGACUUAUAGCGACAGUGAAUCACAGUUCGAUCUAUUCCAACCUCAGUUCAAGGCUAUUGUCGACCUUGCCUCGGAAGUAGUGGGUGACGAGGAGAGACGAGCAGCGGCAAAGAGAUGUCCCGAUCCCGCUCUCUGCCCUCACCGACAUGGCCACUCUCCGGACAUCUUUGGCGGCAACGCAUACAGCACAUUUCACAUCAAGCCCAGCUUUAGUGCCGAUCUUGGAAUCGUUCCCCCUCUGUUUGUGGUGGCUACCAAAUGCCGUCACUCAAUCAUUCGACGCCAAGCUAUCCAGCUUCUGAGCAGCAGCGCUCGCCGGGAAGGCAUGUGGGACAGUGAGUUGACGGCGCGCAUUGGGCAAUGGGUUGUGAAUAUUGAGGAAGAGGAGGACAAGAUAACAUCGCCGCCGCCUAUGAUGGGUCAUUCGAAUGGCAGUGCCAGGCAAGGCUCAGUCGACUUCGCUGAGGAUGUACCUCUCGGGCCUGGUGGCAACGCUCGUUGGGACGCUCGAAGGGACAGCGUCAUUCCGGGCCUCAUGAAGUCGAAGCGGUCCGUUCCUGAGGAGAAGCGCGUUAUGGUCCGCGCCGUGGACUUUGAUCUGAGGUCGAGGUUUGCCAACUUACAGGUUGGUACUCGCGGCAUCAUUCCUGGGUCGCCAGACCUUAGAUCCCGGGUGACCAAGUUGACGUGGUGA